CCAUGCUUGUUUAAGGCCCACCCCUACAUCAGCAAUGUGGUCGGAUACACAACCCUGUUCGCAUCCGCGGACCUCAUACAGCAAAGCAUGCUUGGAGGGAAACAGAGUGGAGGAUUAAACACAGACAAGGGAACACACACCAUCCAUGACUCAGAGGGGGCCAAGCUUAACAUGGAGGGAACCAAUAUUUCCACUGGUACUAAAAGUGUCACAACAUGGGCUGAUAUUGACUGGGCCCAGACCGCUCGAGUGGCCUUUGUUGGGUUCUGUUUCCAUGCCAAUUUCAACUACCAUUGGCUGAAGGGGCUGGAGAGGAUGUUGCCAGGGGGAGGGGCCAAAAGGGUGUCAGGGAAGGUAGUGCUGGAUCAACUGGUUGCUGCCCCCGCUACUAUCAGUGCCUUCUUCAUAGGUCUUAGCGUAUUAAAAAACAAAGAGGACCCAUUGGAAAACUGGAGGGAGAAAUUCUGGACUUCAUACAAGACUGGAGUGGUCUACUGGUCAACAAUGCAGGCAUUGAAUUUCUCCCUGGUUCCCCCAGUUGCUCGUACAGUGUUUGUGGGUGGCAUCACGCUGGUGUGGACAGUAUUCCUGUGCCAUUUCAGACAGCAGAAAGAUGAUACACAAAACAAACCCCCCUCUCACUGAUAUGGAUGUUAUUGGAUGAGCUGUGUGAUGACAAAAUUGUGACAACUAUUUCAUUGAAUAGCUUUUAUGUGCUGCACGCUUAUAACUUGAUUAAAGUAGUUAUUUUAAAGAAUGUGUUUUUCAUCUUUGCAUGAUGGCAGGCAGCCUAGCAGUUAAGAGCGUUGGGCCACUAACUGGAAGGUCGCUGGUGCGAAUCCCCGAGCCUACGAGGUGAUAUAUCUGUUGAUAUACCCUUGAGCAAGGCACUUAACCCUAAUUGCUCCUGUAAGUCGCUCUGG